UAAAAGAAGAGAAAAAAGUGCAAAAAUUUUUGAAAUAAAAGCUAAAAUUUAUGGAAUUUAGCGCACACUUUUGUUUGCCUUCUUAUUAAACCAUGAUGUGUGUAAGAUGCGGAUUAUACUACUGAGUCUUGCUGUUGUUAGAAACUGAAGAACAAAAAACGCACGGAAAUGCGAAUAAAUUUCAAUAAAACACGCAUCCCCGGUAUUCACAUAUAUAUAUAUAUAUAUAUAUGAACUAACACACUCUAAAUAUGGAAAUACUUAUGGAAUGCAGAUGUGUAAUGCAGUUAACACAGAUAGCUAUGAAGAGAGGCUGACUGUAAAGGGUGAAAACUUUGGUUGGCACUAUUGUCGGUUACUCCAUGCCGUUAAUAAUGAUGAUAACGUUGUAUAAAUAUUUAAAAAUUUAUUCAUAUCCAUACAGUGAUGGUUAAAGACCAUAAAUUUAUAUGAUUGCUGGUUUGUCCUUUACCAAAAAGGCUAUUAUAAAGGGCGCAGGAAAUAUGGUUAAAAAAAGUAAAUAAAUGAAUUACAAAAAAAAAAAAAAAAAAAAAAAAAAGGAAAAGAUAAACAAAAUUUCAUGAAAAAAUGUGCAUAAAAGUAAAAAAUUUACUUUCAAUAAUAAAACGAGAAUUUUAGCGUUCGCUCAUAAAAGAAAAUAUAACAAAAAAAUAAAGGUGCAAUCAUUUUAGUUAUAUUUUUACAAAAUUUUUUAUACAACAAUUUUUAACAACACUAAAGCUAAAGUGAAACGCGUUUGUUUAUGUGCGUGCGUAUUUUUUCCUCUCUGUUAUUGCGCUAAAAAUUACACAUGAAAAUUUUUAAUAUAAUGGAACUGUUAUUUCUGGCCAAUCAUAUAAGAAUGGAACAACAACGUCCACAAUUGCUGAUCAUAUCGAUAUCGUUAUUAUAUUGGUUUCGUAACACUGCCGAUUGUUGGAAAUUUGAUAGUGGUGGUCCUGGUGCCUUAGGUCCUGGUACCGCACCAUUGAUCCUUACACGUCCGGCCCGUAGUCCAUCAGGUGUAAUAGCGGCUCGUGGUCCAUCGCCUAUUAUAGCUGGUGCGAGCAAUAGCAGAGGUGGUAGUUUCGCGGCCCUCCUCCAUGCUCAACAACAGGAUAUAUUAUAUGCGUGCCCGUUGAAUAGCAUGUGCCAAUGUGCCGGACUACCCAACGAAACGUCAACACUGAUUGAGAUUAAUUGCAACGAAGUCGAGUUGUAUAAAUUUCCAGAAUUUAUACACAGUUCGGUGCGUUACAUUGAAAUGUCAAAUACCCAUUUGCAGAGUGUAGACGAUGAGACAUUUCAGGGUCUGAGAUUGAAAACUUUAAAGCUCAUUGACAACGAAUUACAAGAUAUAUCCGAAAGAAGUUUCAGUACUAUGACACAUAGUUUAAUGACUCUGGAUAUAUCAGGAAAUAAAAUGCAACAAAUACCGUUUGAAGCUUUACAAAAAUUGCACUCUCUUACCAGACUUGUAGCGCAAAGGAAUCACAUCACCUCAUUGGAUGUUAAUUGGGAGGCGCAAUAUGAUACAUUGCGUUCUUUGCAUCUGGCUGGCAACGAUAUCACCGAAAUAUCACCGAACAAUUUGCAUGAUUCCUCAAAUGGAUUUAGUGGCUCCAGUCAUCCCUCCUCUGCAGCUAUACAAACAAUAACUAAAGAGGAAAAUUCCUAUAAAGUUAUCACACACAUUACGGCAAAUUCAAUACCAGGACUUACUGCUGUGCACGUUGGUAACUCAUUGCAUGACCGAGGGAAACCCUUCAAUCGUUUGCAAAAGUUGCUUUGGUUGGAUUUAUCAAAUAAUCGCAUAUACCAUAUAUCUCCUAAUUUUUUGCCGCGCAGCUUAAUUACCAUCGAUUUAUCGGGGAAUUUAUUAGCCAUAUUUCCACAUCAACUAUUUGAACAUUUAUUUGAAUUGCGCAUCAUCUCGCUAAGAGAUAAUUUGCUAAAAACUGUUCAGAGUAAAGAAGGACGGCAAAUACGUAUGCAUUUAGAGAAACUCGAUUUAGGACAAAACGUAAUUGAAGUACUGGAUACAGACUCUUUUCAAUGCAAUCAUUCUGACAUUCAUAUAAGAGCUUUAAACUUAGAAAAGAACUACGUACGUCAACUGCCGGAAGGAGUGUUUCAAAGUAUAGGUAUCGUCCAUUUAGUGUUGGCAUUCAAUAUGAUUGAACGCAUUCAUUUGAAUGCUUUUGAUGGCAUUACGGAUACCUUAGAGUAUUUGGAUUUGGAAAGAAAUUAUUUGAAUGCCGUACCGGGAGCUAUAAGGAAUUUAAAUAAAUUGAAAUAUUUAUAUUUAACUUCGAAUGCUAUUCAUCAACUAACUAAUCUGCCCGAAUAUACUGACAACUUACGCGUUUUGUCUUUGAGUGGCAAUAAUUUCACAAUGAUACCAGUAUUGGGUUUGAAGAAUUACACGAAUCUAUCUUAUCUCAAUAUGGGGUAUAAUUCAAUCAGUGAUAUACCGGAAGGCAUUUUUGCAGUGGAUAGCUGGGGAUCAAAUUUGCAAACAAUUUUGCUGAGAAAUAACAAAAUCACUCAUUUGCAUUUGGGUUCGUUUGCCGGUCUCGAGCAAAUACAGGAAAUCAGUUUAAGUUUCAAUGACAUAACCAUACAUCAUCCGAUGGUAUUUGAAAAUGUCUCAAAGACCUUAAAAAUCUUGGAAUUAUCGUUUGCUGUAUUCCCGGUACGUAGUCUAGAAUCCAUAGAUCCUUUAGAUUCGCUAUUUCCUCUUUCGCAGCUAAUGUGGCUGGGAUUGGACAACAAUAAUUUGAAAGUGAUAAAUAAUGAAUCGUUUUCCAAUAUGCGUGAGCUAUCCUAUAUUAAUCUAAGUUUUAAUCAAUUGAAACAGCUGCCUCGGGGAAUAUUUAUACCGGAAGUGCACAGCCACUUAGUAGAAAUAGAUUUAUCCUACAAUUCACUGGAGAGAAUACCCGGCAAAGCAUUUCAUGAUUUGGGUGAUCUGCAAACCUUGAACUUACAAUCGAAUAAAUUACGUUUUAUUGAUAAGCAAGCCUUCUACAAUCUAGAGUUUCUUCGGUACAUUGACUUGUCCUAUAACCGCUUGACAAAUAUUUCGUAUCAGGCUUUUACUAUUUUACCGAAUCUUGCCGUUCUGGAAUUGACGCACAAUAAUUUAUGCUCUCUGUCCUUAAGGACUUUUCAUUACGUUUCAAAUAGCAGCACGCCUUUAAAAUUGAAUGCCUCCCACAAUCGUAUUACUCAAUUUGAGGAUCAUUUAAGUUCCUAUAUGUAUAUAUAUCAACUGGAUGUCGCACACAAUUUGAUAAGCAAAUCGGACAGUUUUGCAAAUUUGGCCAAUACCUUGAGAUUUCUCAAUCUUGCGCAUAAUAAUCUGCAGAAUUUGGGUAAUCAUGCCUUCGGUGAUCUGGAAUUUUUGGAGAUACUUAACUUAUCUUAUAAUAAUAUCACAUCGCUAAGAAGGAGAAGUUUUCAAGGAUUAAAUAGUUUGCAAGAAUUGGAUUUGAGUUAUAAUGGUUUGGAUCAAUUGCAAGUGGAACAAUUUUCGAAUUUACGUAAGCUACGCAUAUUAAAGAUUAGAUCCAAUAAACUAAGAGCCUUGCCCCGAGAAGUAUUCAUGAAUACUCGUUUAGAGUAUUUAGAUAUAUCGGAUAAUCAGCUAACUGUAUGGCCAGUGCCAGCCUUUUCUGAUGUUGGCUUCACUUUGCGUAGCAUACAAAUAUCCACUAAUAUGUUAGAAUAUUUAGACUCUAGCAUGUUUAUUAAUUCUCAGUUCCUGUAUGAUAUUAAUUUAUCGAGCAAUCGAUUAACUGUAUUGCCGGAUAACACCUUCACUUUCCUUAACAAUCUUACGAAUUUGGAUUUAUCUAAUAAUCCUUUGGUUACAACCAAUCUCAAGGAGAUCUUUUUGCAUACACCUCGCCUAAGAAGAUUAAAAAUUUACAAUAUGGGUUUAUACGUACUGCCUCAACUACACCUGCCUCUACUUUCUCAUUUGGAUGUAAGCGGUAAUUUUUUGCAAGAGCUCUCGCCACUGCACGAAAUGCGUCAAUUACGUCACGUUAACGUAUCGCAUAAUAAACUUGUAAAUACCUCCUGCGCCGUGGAACAUUUACCCAAUACUGUACGUGUUUUGGAUAUGGCCCAUAAUCCCUUAAGACGUAUCACUGUGCAUGAUUUGAUCUCGUUGAGACAUUUAAUGGAAUUGAAUUUAUUGGAUGUGAAAAUUAUGAAUCCUUUGGGUUUCACUAAGCUACGUUCCCUGAGGAAACUUACGUUAACUUCACAUUCUAAUUUGGGUGAAAUAGUUUCGCGCUUACCAGGCUUACAAGAAUUGCAUAUACAUUGUACGGAGCCUAAUAUUGGUUCUCAGCUGCUGAACAAAUUAGCAAAUAAUACAAAAUUACAGUUGGUAGAAAUUUAUGGAUCAAAUGUUCAGACCAUAGCGUCUGACGCUCUUGUGGGCUUGGCAAGCAAUCAACGUUUACAAGUGAAAAUCUCACAUACGAAAAUCAGUGACUUGCCACCCGGUAUUUUUUAUACAUUGCGAUCUGUCCCUCAACUUUCCAUAGACAUAUCGCAUAACAAAAUUAAUGCUUUAGCAGCAGAUAGUUUUUACCCAAACAAAACUUACUGGGAUACGGUGGGAACGCGUAGCAUAAUUGGCGGCUUAGAUACAUCACAUAAUCCGCUAGAGUGUGAAUGCGGUCUUGUGUGGUUUGGUCAUUGGCUGAGGCGUUGGUUACGCGAAUCAGCACAAAUAAAAGUCAUACAAAAAGAUGACAUGAAGAAAAUGGUGCAGCUUCCCCUUUCGCCCAGAGAUUUACGCCGUGCUCGAGCCAAUACAUGUCAUGAUCCGACGUCGGGCAAACAAUUGCCUAUACUGGAAAUAUUUCCAGAGGAUCUUCUAUGUCAAGCCAGUGCAUUAAGCAGUUCAAGCGAAAAAUUAUUUCUUAUAUCAUUUGCAGCGAUCGCGUUGCCUUUGUUUAGCAUUUCGCUUUGAUAAUCGUAAGUUAUGUUAACUUUUAGACUAACGACCAUUACUUAUUUAAAUAUAUGUAAAUAUGUAUGAAAUAUUUUGUAUUAAAAUUAUGUAAAUCUCAUGUACAUUUUAUAAAGUUUAUAUUUUACUGUUAUUGUUAACUUUGUUCUUGGGACAGAUAACGGGAGAGGAAAACCGGAAACAACCAAUUUUAUAAAAUAAAUGUGCUCCAUAUUUAAUUUGAUAAGCGACACAAAACAAAAAAAUUCAUGUAUAUUA